AUGGCUACAGCAACGUAUCAAGUCACACCUCCGGAACCAUUUAACUUUGGUACUCCAAACGAAUGGACGAAAUGGAUUAGGCGAUUUGAACGCUUUAGAAGUGCAUCAGGACUGGAAGCGCAACCAGAAAAAGCACAGGUCAACACACUCAUAUAUACGAUGGGAACACAGGCAGAUGACAUCUUCCACUCGUUUGAUUUGACUGAAGACCAAAAAAAGGAAUACGAAACAGUUAAAGGCAAGUUCGAUGGACACUUUGUUAAAAGGACCAAUGUCAUUUACGAGAGGGCCAUGUUUAACAGACGAAGCCAGGAAGAAGGAGAAACUGUCAAUGCUUUCAUAACAGCUCUCCACACACAAGCAGAGAAGUGUGCAUAUGGAGUACUGAAAGAAGAGAUGAUUAGGGACAGAAUAGUAGUCGGCAUUCGAGAUGCGACUUUGUCACUAAAACUUCAGCUAGACUCAGCACUUACCUUGGAGAAAGCAGUCACACAAGCCAGAGAGGCAGAAACUGUUAAAAUGCAACAACCAUUAAUCCGCCAAGGAAAAGAAAAAGAACCAGAUACCAGAGAAGUGAAUGCCUUUCGAAAAGGAUUUAAAGGAAAAGGAAAAGGACAAGGAAGACAACCUUUUGAGAACAGAAAACGAUUUAACGAUAAAACUGUUAACGACAAAAUAAGUUGUGUCCGCUGUGGAAAAACACCGGGACAUGAAAAGCAACAUUGCCCAGCUAAAGAGGCUACAUGCCACAAGUGUGGAAAACGAGGACAUUACAAGUCUCAGUGCAAAACUAAACACAUCCGAGAAAUACACAAAAGUGAGGAGUUUUUUCUGGGAGCUGUGCAAUCAAAAGAAAAUAAACAAUGGAAAAUCACUCUAGACUUCAAUGGACAGCCCACCGAAUUUCAGAUCGAUACAGGGGCAGAGGUCAACCUAAUAUCAGAACGAGAGUACAAGAAAGCUGGUGCCCCACCACUGUCGCCAGUACAUCAGACAUUCAGAGGUCCAAACAAGUAUGUGAUUCCUGUCAUGGGACAAUUCAUGGGAAAAAUUAAACGGAAUGACAUGGAGAUAGAGCAAGAGAUCUAUGUCGUGAAGAAUCUCCACAAAUCCCUACUGGGACAGCCAGCGAUAGAAGCUCUAGGACUGAUCAAAAUGAUCGACCAAGUCAAAGCAGCAAAGCUAAACCCAACAAAACAGUUUCCAGAACUCUUCACAGGUCUGGGGAAACUAAGAGCAGAAUACGAUAUCAAGCUCCAACCCGAACACACGACGAGUUCCAGUUCCGCUAAGGAGGAAAGUGAAACAAGAGUUGGAUCGAAUGGAGACACAGGGAGUGAUAAGCAAGAUCACACAGCCCACUGA